UCGCGCCCCAAGCCGCCCUGCAGCAGCCGCAACGUGGCCUCCGGUGCAGCCGUGCAGAAGAGAUGAUCUUCCUACGCACCAAGGGAGCCCGAUCUGCCUACGCACCCACCCAGGCUAGCCAAGCACAACACCAGCAUCUCUGAUGUUUCCCGCCGGGGGCUGCCCUGGCCGGCCGGACUCGGCCUACACGCAGUGGUGCUGGGCGUCGCGCCGGUGCGCGCUCCCGGAGUUCAACGCGAUGGACUUUCUCUCCCGGAUCCGGGGGCGGCGGCUGGUGCUCGUGGGCGACUCCAUGAACCGCAACCAGUUCGAGUCCAUGCUCUGCGUCCUCUGCUAGGCUCUCCCGACAAGUCCCGCAGAGCUUCGUCGAGACCCACGGCUGGCACAUCUUCAUGGGCACCGCCCCACUCCUUGCCGCGUGGCGCCGCUGCCACCACGGGGCCCCACCGCAUCCGCUUGCGGUACUACUUCUCGAGGAGCCCGCCUGCACAGACGCCCCGUGCUCCUUCGGUCGCCGCCGGCUCUCCUGUAGGGCCAGCACCACGAGGAGGGGGGUCUAGGGCUUCAGGGCGGGGAGUGGGGCAUGGACGGGAGGAGGAGGAGGAGGCGGGGAUUGCCCAGGCCGGCCGCCGUCGACGGAGGAGAUGGACGAGGUGGCCGGCGGCCGUGACAACGAAUUGACUAAUGGGCCCCACCUGUCGGGAAUCCCGUCAAAAUCGCUAACCCUUGUGUGUUUGGGCGCGCUGUUACAUUUUGAAAAUUAGCGACAAGUGUGGUUCCAUGAGACAAGUGGUUAGAAAAGUGUGGUUUUCUGAAAUUUACUCAACAAAGUAUCGCCACGGGGGAUUCUGGCAUUGCAUCGUCAUCACUCAGGCCUUUGGGAUUGAACAACGAGGACGAUGAUCGCAAGAGGAGGAGCGGGGAGAAGGUUCUGCAGCAUCUUGACGAUCUGCCUCAUGACAUCCUAGGCGAAGUGCUCUCGCGGUUAAGCUUCAGGGAUUCCGCGCGGAUGAGCGUACUGUCCAGCACCUGGAGCCGGCUCUGGAGAUCGUGCAGAAGAAACCUGAUCUUCACCAGGAAGACGAUGGUCUGCCGCUCACGCCAGAUCCGGAAGCGACGAUAUCUCAUAGCAGAUCUCAGGUCGGAUUUCGUCGAGAACGUGAACGGCGUCCUGCGCCAUCUGGGAUCGGCCGCCCCACGAGACAAGUUCGUCCUCAGGUUCGAUCUCUGCCAAGAGCAGGCGCACGCCCAUGCCGACACAUGGGUGAACUUCUGCGCUGCGUCGAGAGCCAAGCACGUCGUCUUCGACUUCCGUCCGGGACCGUGGGUCCUCGCCGAGUUGUGCAGCCUCCCGCUGCACAAACUCAGUGAUGCCGGCGGCUCUCCGGUUGUCAGGUCUCUGCACAUCAUGUCUGCCUCCCUCGAGACGCCCCCGGCGCCUGGUUUCGGCGGCUUCACGAACCUCAAGGAGCUCCUUCUCGACAAGGUGGUAUUAGGGGAUGUCGGGUGGCUGCUGGCGUCGUGCCAUGCCCACGAAUCGCUAAGCGUCAUGCGCUGCAGCACCCUCCAGAGCUUGUCUACGCCCCGGCGAUUGCGCCGGCUUUGGUACCUAUCCGUGCACCUUUGCAAGGAGAUGCAGAAGGUCGCCGUGCAAGCUCCCAACCUUUCGACGUUCAAGUUUAGCACCAGCAAUGAUCCGGUUUCGAUAGUGCUCGGCGGGUCUUUGAAGAUGGAAGAUGUGACUCUGGUGUUGCGAUCGAUGAAAGAUCGCGUCGACUACGUCUUUGCGGACCUUCCUAGUGGUGUCCCGCAUGCGAGGAAGCUCUCCGUAGACUUCAUGAUCGACACAAGUGUGCGUGAGCUUGCAAGAUUCCCUACCAGCCACUUCACCAAUCUGAAGCAUCUUAUAUUGUCCUUGAUUAUCUUUGCACUAAUUGGCGAUGAUACCGCUGGCCUUCUUCGCUUGGCCUCCGUUUUGGAGCUAGCCCCAGUUUGGAGCAACUGGAACUGCAUAUGGCUUGCCACCUCGGCAGCCGCGACAUCAUCACGAGGAUGGAGGAAUUGCCCCCGCCCCAUCGACCGCACAUCCAUUUGAAGAAGGUGCACAUGACUGGAGUUUAUGGCUACAGCAACCUGCUUAAGCUGGUGCUUCACUUUGCUCGAAAUGCCGUUGCACUGGAGCGUAUGGUUGUCGAUCCGGUAUCGAGACAUGCUACGCUUCGUGGUCAUCAGACAGAGCAUGCUGAUGCUAUCGCUUUGGGCCGGCAUAUGGCCAAGAAUAGAAAGGGAAACAAUCUUAAAAAGCUAGCGGAGGGGAAACAAUCUUAAAAAGAAUAGAAAGGGAAACGAUCCGGUACGGUUGUUUCAUUUGACCUUCAGUGCUGAUAUUACACUGCAUAAAGUUUUCUGGGAGGGCUGGGGUUCAAUUAGAUUUAGAAGAACUCUGGGAGUAGAGACUUUAGUGCAGUGGAACAAUUUAAAGCAGUUUUGUGGUAUGGUUAAGUAAAUGACUGAGAAGAUAGAUUAUGUUGGAAGUUGGAGACCAAAGGUAGAUCCCCAGUAGGUUCUUUUUAUAGAUUGCUCAAGAGGUCACAUAUUUUCCCUUAUAAAUUUCUUUGGAAAGUCAAAACUCCUUUGAAAAUGAAGGUUUGUUUGUGGCUAGUUAGUAGGGGGACAAUUCUUACUAGAGAUGUACUUAAGGAGAGUGGAAUGAAGGGGAUGAGUGUUGUCUAUUCUGCUCUAGAAAAGUAAUAGUGGAUCAUCUCCUUUUUUUCGUGCUCUUUGGCAAAGUAUGUUUGGAGAAUUGUUCAGUUUAGCUGUGAUCUCUCUGUUCUGCCAACUGAUGUGCCUGGUCUAUUAGACUGUUGGCUACUGCAGUUUGGUAGGAAGGAGAGGGAUUCAGUGUUGGUUGGAUUUGUUGCGGUCAUCUGGGUGGUUUUGGAAAACGAGGAAUAACGCUUGUUUUCAGAAUCUGAUGCCUUCAUGAUCCAUCUGCGGUAAUUUUUAUGAUCUGUUCCACGAUUGACCUCUGGUCUGGUGUACAGAAAGAAAAUUCUCGGGAGGCUCUACUCAGGUGCUCGCGUUGGCUGUGGCGAGUCACAACUGUGAUCUUCCGGAUAUCGCAAGGAUGAGCACCAGUUACUCAGAGAUUGGCGGUGGGAGAUACAGAGAACUAUAUAACUCUGCCGUGGAGUUGCUGGAAGGGUGCCGGAUUUGCUACAGGGAUCUUUUCUUGUUUUUCAGUGAUGCUGUUAUCUCCCAAAUGUUAGGCAGAUUUGUUUUCUGGGCACAUCUUGCUGAUAACCUGUAGGGUUAAAGUGUUGUUGCUCAGGUCUUUUGUUGUAUGCUUUAACUU